AAAAAACAAACGUAUUAUUAAAAACGACAGGCACGAACAACAUUGUGGUAAACAGUAAACAAUAAUUGAGGUUAGGUUCUCAAUUAUUUACCGCGUUUGACCGGCAAACUCCACCUCUCCACACGGUUUUAAAUACAAUACUUAAGUCUGUUCUUUUUAGCUAAAGUUCUUGCACGGUUCAUCUUUUCUCUUUUUCUCUCCACCCCUUAGAGAAAAAAGGAAGAAAGAUGAAUCGUGCAAGAAGCUUGGAGCGCUCACUCAAUUAUUGAAUCUGCUGAACGCAGCCAAUGGCCUGAGUGGUCAUCAGAGCAUCAUCGAGCGCCAUGUGAAUUUGCCAUUAAUCCAUCCGUCCAUCCGUCAGUGUGUCCACCAUCCGAGACAGUCGAGGUAGUCCAGGCUAUCCAAGGAGGAAACCAUAUUGAUUUUUUGCGAUGAUAGCUGCUGCUACGGGCGGUGGUGCGCGGGCCGUGGCAGUUACGUGAGAAGUGAUGCCCUCCUCCUGGCACGCCGUCGACGCCGUGUGACGAGGGUGGCCUCCUCCUCCCCUCCCCCUCCCCGACGAGGAAGAGACACGUGUGGUCGGUCGGUGUGCCGUGUCCCGUGUCCUGGGUCCUGGAUCCUGGGUGGUCCUGGCGUGGUCCAGUAACGUGGCGUGACGAUGCCGUCAUUGCCGUCGGCGCUGCUCCGGCACCGCGGCCGCGACAUUUCCAUGGAAACGUAGACGCGGCCGCGCUGGUGCGUGCGGGAGCGACCACCUCCGCCGUGUCCGUUUCUCCUUCCCCGUUCUCGUCCCGCGCCGCGCGAUGUCGCCCGCCUGCGGCUGCCUCGUCUCCGCGCGUGAUUAGGUUAACCUGACCGCGAAACGCUCGCGGCGCUCACUCGACUCGACGUUCGACGGCGAGAGGAUUUCACCGUCGUCGUCCCGUGCCUCGUGCCUCGCGACUGAAUUAGGAGGCACGGAAGAUUGGAGUUUGGGAGAAGAGCGUGACGUUUUUGCUGGAAGAAGCGAAGAGCUCAGAGUGAAUAGUGCUCGCAUGUCAUUGCCAUUAGAUUUUGUACAAUGAGCAGCUGGACAGAGAGAAUGCAUCGACGCGCUGCUACGUUAGGAAAUGUUGUAACCAGCUGCGGACAUCCCUCCUCAGAGCCUCCGCACCCGAGACGCCUGGAAAAGGUCAAGUUUGGUGCACCCCUGAACGAAGUGUGCAAAAAUGAUAUUCCUGGCCCGUUAUUGGUCCUUAUAUUGAAACUGAACAAGGAAGCUCCACUCAGAAAAGAUAUUUUUCGGGCACCUGGCCACCAGGGUAACAUGAAGAAACUGGUACACUUCCUGCAAACCGGACAUCUGGUCAACAUGGAUAAUUUCAGUGAUUACACGAUAGCUAGCGUUCUAAAAAAGUUUUUGCGCAAGAUACCCGGUGGAAUAUUCGGUAAAGAGACGGAGCAACAACUGUUUACCAUAAUCCAGCUAGAUAGUGUAGAACAACAACGGGACCAGAUACACAGAUUAAUUACCUCUAUGCCGAUAUAUACACAACGGUUACUGGUACUGCUGUUUGGGACAUUCAGGAUAGUAGCAGUAAAUUGUGAGCGAGCGCACACGGGGAUGACCAGUGAGGCUCUGGGGGUGUCCGUGGCACCCUCGUUCUUUCAUAGUUGCGUCAGCGACGGCAAGACUGCUAAGAUGGAGGAUGUUCUCAGAUUUAAGAUCGCCACCCGCAUUACCAAGUUUAUGAUAGACAAUUUCGGUGUUUCCAAUCUGUUCGGAAGGGACAAUUACGAGUAUUACGCGCGCAUAACCGGCCGGAUAUUAAAAGUGGAGGAAGAUUGGAUCUUUAGUUUCCGAUAUCCGCCGGACACUCUUGUAUCGAGACAGCUGUCGCUGGAGGCUGAAAAAUCGUGGUUGCAAUACGAGUGCGAAAAAUGGGGAUUGAAGUUGAAUUUAGAAUGUAUGUCGCAUCAAGAGGAAUCGCAGUCAACUCCGGCGUUAAUUCACGUGCCGGAGACUGUGAAUCUCGCGUCAUCAUUAGGUAUGAUUCCAGAGAACACCUUACUCGAGAGUUACACGCGUCUCUCGGUGAGCUUAGAGGAAAACGGCUUGUUCCAGGCACCCAGUCGUUCAUCCAGUAAUGGCAGUCAACAUGGGACAAUGGGUAUGACGCUGGAAGAGCUUCGCGCGGUGAAUCGUUAUGCCGAGAGCACCAAGAGUCUCAGUUACCUGCCGCAGGUCCACGAGAGGCAAGCCGCACGAAUGCGAACUAGAUCUGAAUGGUUUCUCACGCCUGUAGUUGCCUCGGACAGUGAUCCCUCGGCGAUACACAUUUUACGAGGUUCCAAUCGGUCUUCCUCUGGCAAUAUAGCUACGGGUUUGAGCGCCAGUGCGGAAUCGGUGAAGCGGCCGAGUCUUCGGAGAACUGCCUCCAGGGAGAAGCAACGUUGGCAUCGCAACUCGUCUCGUCGCAACAAAGAGAACGGUACUAAAGGAGCUGGUCGCUCGGCUACAGCGGCCGCGGCGGCGAUGGUGACGGAAGCGUCCAAGUCGCGUUCCCUGGAAACGAUCAAAAACGUGAAGAUCGUGCGUGUAAUGGCAGCGGAUCAGCAGCAGCCAACGGCCGAGAAGAUGAUGGACAGCCAUAACGAUAUCUUCGAGGAGCACGCGAGCAAGGAGACGCGCGUGCCGUCGCGCACCAGCGGCGACGGUGUCAUUGGGCCGCAGGAUUGCACGGAGAUGGACGUGAAAACGUUUCACGUCACUCUGACGUACAAGCCGCGAAUAUAAAUGACUUUAAUUUUUAUUUUUUUACUUUAUUAUAAUCUAACUCGCCGCUUUCAGGAAUGUCGGAACGGUAUUACUUUUCUCGCGCGUGAAAUAUGUUUUCGCGUUGGUUGUUACCCCAAAUAUUAUACGUAGUCACAAACUUGGACGACGAUUUUAUCCUAAUGUUCGACGUUUAGGAAAUAUCAAAUUUAUCUCGUUUGCGUAUAUAUAUAUAAGAUCUUUUUUUUUUAAAUUUUAAUAACGACGCUCAGGAGUAUCGAACUCGAAAUAUCUUCCUCGCGCAAAAUUGCGUAGUAACACACAUACACAUAUACAACGUACAUACACAAACAAAGAUUUAUUUAUUCUCGCAUAUUAUAGUUCGUUUUUCAUUGUUUUAUAGUCGUGAAAUUUUAUCACUUUUCCGUGUAACAGAACGAUUAAUUAAGUUACGUUGAAGAAGAGAGGGAUUAUAUGAGAACACACUCUUGAUUUUUAUUCCGUUGAACAUACCGGUUUAACUUUGUUCGGUUACUCUCGUGUAAUAGACAUUAUCGUGGCAUUCCAGAUGCAUUUACUCUUGCCCCGCGAUAUUUUAAUUAACUUUUCUUGCGUACUCGAUAAUUUCGUUCGAGAUUGAUCGAGACGUUUUUCACACGAAUCGUAUCACCAUCACUUGUAUUUAUUCCGAGUUAUUAGAAAUAUGACUUAGACACUUCGGAAACUUAUCCCAUCGAUUACCAUCGCGUGACUAACAGCGUAAUAUACGCAAGAUGUUCCACGACGUGUCCAGCAAUGUCUCAUGAAUUCUUUGUGCAAUCUAUAACAGAGUUCAUUUUCUCUUGAUGAAAACGUUGGGAUAUUCUUUUGGAAUUACAUGCGAGGCAUGUAAGUUAAGUUUUAAGAACGCGGUUAGACAAUAAUAUAUUCUCUUCCUUUAAAAUUUUUAAUUCAAACGAAUAGACCAAACGCUAUUCUGUUUUUUAUUCGUGGUAUUGCGACUCUUCUAUGUGGGUUGAAAGUCCAUCCAGGGGGAUAAGAAGAAAAAAUUCAAAGGGAUUAAAAAAAAAAAUUAUUUAAGACUUUGAGAUAAAAGUCAUGAGUUGUGAAAUAGGAUUUAACGAAAUGUUUUUUCAUAAAAAGAAUUCAUAAAUGAAAUUUAUUUGGACACGUCGCGCGAAAAAAGGAGGACUCGGUAGAUUUUGCAAUAUUUACGCGAAUUCCUUCAUCGCGACGUAUCGGUUAUUCGUAUAUAAACGCACAGUCACGGUUGUUACAUGCCAAAUUAGUAGUACAUGUAAGCUAUACUUGUAAGACAUCGAUUAUAGAAAAUGUUAUGGUCGUAUUAUCGCGUGUACGUUACGAAAAUCGUUGAUAAGAUCAGACAGGCUGAGUCAACGGAAAUGAAACAAAGUUUUUUUUUCUUUGAAUUUGAAAAAAAAAUUGUAUAUUCACUUAAUUGUUGAAGGAAACAAAACGUGGAUUAAUUACAUUUCGAUUUUUAUGUUUUAAUUAAUUACAAUUCUGUUAUCUACAAACAUUCGAGUUGACCACGAUAGAAUCACCUAAAUUGCGUUGCAUAUAUUUUUUUGUCUUCGAAUUCACGGGAAAUUCUUAAAGAUUCCGCUUCUGUUGACUCGUCCUGUACGUAGAAACUAUACCGUAUUAAGUCGCUACUCGAUAUUAUUCUCAUCUAGAGCAAACGACUACAAAACGAGAGAUAUUUACCACCGUAAGAAAAAAAAAAGCGAACAACGGCAUCCAUAUAACGACAUAUGUUAACACAACGAAAGUGUUCCGUAAAUAAGAAUGUAGUGUAAUUGCGCGACGAAGACCGCGCGCGGCGGACUUUCCAAGGGAUUGCGGUUGAUUAAACCGAUCGUACGACCGGAUCCCAAGGA